UCCAAGAUAAGCUAGUUCUGCGCUCAGUGAAUUCGAUUUUGGUGGCACUGAACUGAUAUUGGCGCGCUGCAGCAUUGUUGAGGAAUAGGAAACCUAACCUCAUUUUUAUCUCAUGUCCUUCAUGCAAACUUCCUUUUCAAAAUUCACUUGCCAAAUUUUAUAUUAUGGAGAGCAGAGGACAAUUUAUUGUCGAAUUGGCUAAGCAAUCAUGUUUGAAUGAAGCUAUAAUCGAGAACAAUGACCAUGGAAGCGAUUUUGAUAUUGGUAAUCAGGAUAAAGAAGAUAUUAGAAUAACAGAGCUCAAAAACAGUUAUGCAAAUUUGAAUGAAGCUAGAAUGGUGGAUAACAGUAACCAUGAAUGUGAUAAUACUGGUAAUCAGGACAAUGAAGACAUUGAAAUAAUGGAGCUCAACAACUAUUAUGCAAAUAUUGAAGAAGUGGAGCCUGCUUUUUUUCAAGAUAGUCUUCACGAAAAAGACAGUUUACUCCAGGAUAAUCAAGCUAUUGUUGCAGAGGACAUGACUGAUGCAGGUUGGUAGUGGAGCACUCUGUUGUAGUACAGGGUGACUUAUGGAAAAUGGAUGAUUCUCAAAUAUAUAUAUUUCAAUGAAUGGUAUAAAAUAAUUAUUAUUUUUGUAGCAUUAAAAUGAUGCUACAAAAUGAUUAAUGUUAUACUGCUCAUGUGAAAAUAAUCCAUUUCCUAUAAGUCACUCUGUAUACCACAGUAUAAGUAGAAGAGCUUGAAAAUUUCUACAAGCAAACAUACAUUACAAUAUCUUCAGAUACAUGAGGCUUUGCAAUGAAUCAUACGGAUUAUAUCUAUGAUCUAAUAUCUAUUAAAAAAAUAGUUGAUUAGUAGCAUUUGGUUCUUAUGAAGAGAUGUGUAGUGACACUAUUAUUUGGAUCUCUCUAAACCUAAAAGUAUAAUACUUCAAUAUUCAUAUAUAUUCAUUUCAAUAUUAAUAUAUAUUCAUUUAAUAUCCAUAUUAUAUUGAUGAUCAUGGAUGAAAACAUUGAAUAUUGAUUAAUGUGUGUUCCAUUUUAUUUCAGAAGAGGAGUAUGGCCUCUUUGAUGAUGACGAUGAUGACCCAGACUAUAUUCCUAAUAGUCAAGAAGACAUCAACUUUGUGAGUCAAGUUCCAAGGAAAGCAGGGAGGUUUCAAACUGCUCAUCCAUCUGAAAAUGUGGCUGCU